AUGAGCCGCAACUUUGCCGCCGCCUUUUCCUUUUGGGCUUUGCUUGUGCUGUUCAGGGAAGUCGCGCCCAAAGCCCUGUCCUCCCUGAAUCUUACCGACGGUGGACAUGAUGCUAUGCUAGGAGCAUGGCCUUGGCAAAUUAGUCUUCAGGUUUAUGCAAUUGGUGUAGGAUAUGUCCAUGUAUGUGGUGGAUCUUUAAUUAAUACAAUCAUAGUGUUGACAGCAGCCCACUGCAUUAAAAUAUCAGAGAAUCCAGAGUUUUGGAGAGCUGUAUUUGGCUUACAUAAUCUUUAUCAUCAUCAAUAUUACACUAAAGAGAGUCAAAUCAAAGCAAUUAUAAUCCAUUCUCAUUUCAAGAAGGAAACGUAUGAAAAUGAUAUUGCAUUAUUUACAUUACAAAAUCCUAUCACAUUUAAUGAUUAUAUUCAGCCUAUCUGCUUACUUCCAAGUCCUCUUUUUCUAGGUAAUGAUACUCCAUGUUAUAUAACAGGAUGGGGAAAUGCACAUGAGGAAGGUGAAAAAAUAUAUAUAUUACAAGAAGCACAGGUUGAUAUUAUUCCACAAAAUAUAUGUAAUAGAUACGAUUGGUAUGGUGGAGCAGUAACAAUGAAUAUGUUUUGUGCUGGCUCUGAAGGUGGAGCUGUGGAUAGCUGUCAGGGAGACAGCGGCGGACCAUUGAUGUGUUAUAUCCGAGAUGCCACACAUUAUUAUCUGGUAGGAAUAACCAGCUUUGGCCGUGGCUGUGGCCGACCAAAUAAUCCAGGCAUCUAUGUACGUCUAGUGAAUUACAGAAAUUGGUUGAAAACUCUUUUACAAAGCAGAACUACUACUAUGAACAUUCAUAAUGUUCUAAUUUUGUUGAUAAUAAGAUGGAUAGCAAUCCAUAUGUCUCUAUGAAAAAAUGACAUGAUAUC